AAUUUUUCAUAUUUUAAUUAUUUAUUUAUUUAUUCACAAAAUAUAAGAUGUUGAGGGUAGCAUUUCCUCUAAAAUAAUGAUAAUAAUGAUAAGGGCAAAAGGAUGGAAAAAGAGAAUGGCAUAUGGGUAAUAAGAAAGAGAUGAAAGGGUAAAUAAAGAAAGAAAGGAGGAAUACAAAUCCCUAGUAGUGACGUGGGGCAUAGGCCGGCCAUGUCUGGGUUUCAAAAUUGCUCUCUCCGCAGGAGCCAUCAACUCUACGCAUAGACCGCUUUAUAAGAAGGAAAAUUUCAAGACAUCGCCAACAAAGUGUUUGACAGAGAAAGAAACGGCAAAUCCACAACCAAACACACACAGAGGAUUACCUCAUAGCCCAUAGCCUCAUUCAAACUGGAGACAAAGUGGGAGAGAAAUUCAAGUUUUCUUGCCUUUGUGUAAUGCAUCAUAAGAAAUCCGAAGUUCAGAUCGGAAAAGAAAGCAGCGGCGUCUCUUCCGAUUACAAUCGCACCCCUUUUCACACCUCUUCUUCUGAAUCCAAUGCCCCUCAUUUUCUCUCCUCCCAGGAUGACCCCGUCACUCCCACCCCUUCCACUACGCCCAUUCUCUCCACUCCCCACAAACGACCCCUCAUGACCCACAUCCCAUCUCUCACCAAAUCCCCAACCUUCGCCUCCGCUCUUCACAAUUACCAAGCCUCCACAGCCCCACAAUUCAAUUCCCAUUUCCCCGCAACCCCACAAUUCAAUUCCCAUUUCUCUUCCCUCUUUUCCAUCUCUCCCUCUCUGAAGACAAUCGCUGUCCGCCUCUUCCACCGCCUUCGUCGUUUUCGGGUUCAUUUUCGCUUUAUUCUCCUCCUCACUCUGCCUUUUUUCUGGCUUCUGGUUUCCCACCCGACUCACUCGUAUUUCCUUGACUUCUUCUCCGCGUUCUUCUUCUCCGCGGCGCUUCUCUUCUCGCUCAAUCUCGCACUCCCUCGCCUGCCCUCGAUACGUCUGUUCUUAGCCCGAUCGUUUCCAAUUAAGCUCGUUUCGGGGUGUGCUAUAUCGAGGCCAGCUUUGCCGGUGUUUUGGUCAAUUGGGUCCAGGCCGAAACCUGAAAAGAAGGCGAAUUCAGGGUGUUGUGUUGAGGUUUACAAUAAUGGGGAUGUGUAUGAAGGGGAGUUACAUAAGGGUAAGUGUUUAGGCAGUGGAGUUUAUUACUAUUACAUGAGCGGGAGGUAUGAGGGGGAUUGGGUUGAUGGCAAGUAUGAUGGUUAUGGGGUGGAGACUUGGGCGAGGGGAAGCCGGUACCGCGGUCAGUAUAGGCAGGGUCUCAGGAAUGGGUUUGGAGUGUAUAGAUUUUAUACUGGUGAUGUAUAUGCUGGGCAAUGGUCGAAUGGGCAAAGUCAUGGGUGUGGAACCCAUACUUGUGAAGACGGUAGUCGAUAUGUGGGGGAAUUCAAGUGGGGUGUUAAGCACGGCCAUGGCCACUAUCAUUUUAGAAAUGGGGACACAUAUGCUGGAGAAUACUUUGCAGACAAGAUGCAUGGGUUUGGAAUUUAUAAUUUUGCCAAUGGUCAUCGGUAUGAGGGAGCCUGGCAUGAAGGUAGAAGGCAAGGGCUUGGAAUGUACACCUUUAGAAAUGGAGAGACUCAAUCUGGGCACUGGCAAAAUGGGAUUCUUGACAUCCCAAGCACUCAAAGCACAACCUAUCCUGUAUCUCCUAUUGCUGUUUAUCAUUCCAAAGUACUCAAUGUUGUUCAGUGGAAAAUCUGCAACAACCAUACUUUUCUGGUUGCCAAUAAUCCUUGGUUUUGACAGAGUACAAUCUUGUGGUUCUUGCAACUUAUCUUAAAGAUAAAGUGAAGUACCUCUUUUCUGGGUUUUUUUUCUUCUGGUGAAACUCCCCUGGGAAAUUUCCAUUCUAAUGAUAUGGUGUUUUUUCUUUUAUUUUUUCCAUUUAAUUUUAUCUGCAAACCCCAACAAAUGAACUGAUGCAGAAUAGUGGAAGCUAAGCUUUAUUUUGUUAUUGGGUAUCAGGAAGCACGCCGAGCAGCAGAGAAGGCCUAUGAUGUGACGAAGGUGGAUGAAAGGGUGAACAGGGCAGUAGCAGCAGCUAACAGGGCAGCUAAUGCAGCAAGAGUAGCAGCAAUAAAGGCCGUCCAAAAGCAGAUACAUCAGAAUAGUAACAAUAACAAUAUCCCAAUUCCAAUGGUGUAAUAUCGUGGAUAGCAACUUACUUAACUCUACAAAACUGAGACUUCUACGUCCCAAAACAGCAGCAAGAGGAGGACGGAUGAUGUGAUUUUCCCUCCCAAGUUGCAUUCUGUCCUUUACUUUUUGAUCGUCACUUUUGAAAUCUCCCAUCUUUACUCCAGAGGAUAUAAUCCAAGGUGCAUACUUGGAACCCAUUUCUAGAAGGGGAAAUGAUGGAUGAAUCAAGGAGAGGAUCAGUCUUCCUUUUUGGUACAGCAUCGUAUAUAUAUAAAUAUAUGAUAGAGAGACAUGACACCCAUAAGUUUAUUAAUUUUGUUCUUUUUUCCUUUCGCUAUUGUAAAGCUUAGCUAGUUGUAUUAUAAGUGCUGGUGCCUAGUGAGAACUUGACCCAGCCAGUGUUGUAUAAGUCAUGGUCUUGAUAAAUGGAACUACUAUAACAUUUGAACAUUGUA